CCUUGAGAAACUCGGCAAAAUCUUAAAUUUUUCCCUUCUUUUCUUGUUCUAGAACACAUAUAGAAUCCAGAAAUCUCCCCCCUGUAGAGAAAUUUUCAGAUCUGCUGCUGCCUUCUCCCUCCUUUGCCGUUGGUUGCUGUUGUGGGUGUGAUUUUUCUGGUUCUGGUAAGGGGAAAUAGCCAUUAAUUCCUCUUUUCUUCCUUGAAUUGGCUUGGGUUUACUCUAAUUCCUCUUGGUUUCUCCCAAUUUUCGGUAGAUUUCCCAAAUUCUCCCCAAAUUCUAGCCGGCUCCCCCAAACCCGCCAGCUCCGGCCUUGCUUGUUGAAAUUUUGGUAUGUUGACAGCUCCUCCAAGCCCGAAAUUUCAUCAAUUAAUUGCUGCCCUGUGUUGUUAAAUUUUAUCCAUGUGAUUGCUGCCCUGUAUCUUCGAAUUUUCUACUUUUAAUCUGCUCCUACGCUAUUGGAAGUUUCUACUGGAAGAGGGAAGAAUUUCGACAGCAUUAGAAUAUGAAUUUGCCUAGCUUCAAGGGAGUUCUCGAUCCCAAUGUGGUUGAGUCUUGGGCUAAGAAACUAGAGAAGAUGUUCAAGCUUUUCAAGUGUACUAAUGGGCAAAAAGUGGACUUAGCAGUGUUCACAUUAGAAGCUGUUUUGGAAAGAAAAGAGUUAGAGUUCAUGAAUUUGAAGCAAAGUGACAUGACAAUUGAUGAGUAUCAAGUUAAGUUCAACUCUUUUGUAAAGUUCGCUCCUCACAUUGCCAAUGAUGAAGCUAAGAAGGCAAGGAAGUGUCAGAAAGGGUUGAAGGUUUCCAUUAGGAACAAGAUGGAGACUCAAGACCAAAAGGGCAAGGGAAAGGCUACCAACAACCAGCCUUUCAAUAAGAAGUUUGAUCAAAGAGGAAAAAGGAAGAUUCUUAAAUACAACAAACAAACUUUUGAUUCUUGCAAGAGUUGUGGUAAGAACCAUGGAGGAAAGGAAUACUAUUGGCAAACUAGAGCAUGUUUCAAAUGUGGGAAGACUGGCCAUUUGAUCAAGGAUUGCCCGGUUCUUAAGGGAAACACUCCUACAUUGAUAAAAGGUAAAAUACCUAUCUCAUUUAGGAAUGCCUAUGUGUUGAUGGACUUUGGAUCUACCCACUCAUUUGUGUCACCUAAGUAUGUGCCACUGUUACAUGUGGAGCCUGAGACCCUUGAUUGUGUGCUUGUGGUGAAUACUCCUUCUAAGGAGGUUUUAACAUCAAGAACCAUAUAUAGAUCCUAUAGAGUUAUGAUAGAGGGUAGAGUCUUGCUUGCCAAUCUAAUUUUGCUAGGUAUAGUGGAAUUUGAUGUCAUACUUGUGAUUCGAUUUGAAGAAGAAAAAGUUGGAUCGUUUCCAUUAUUGGUUUCUUACAUGCAAGCUGAUAAAAUGUUGCUACAUGAAUGUUAUGGAUAUCUAGCAUAUGUUUUUGAGUUUAAAGACAAGCCAAUGUCUGUGGAAGGAAUUCAAGUAGUGGAAGACUUUCCUGAUGUUUUCCCUAAGGAGUUGCUUGGUUUACCUCCUGAUGGGGAGAUUGAAUUUAUUAUAGACCUUGUGCUUGGUACUUCACCAAUAUCCCAGCAACCUUAUAGAAUGGCUCCAGCAAAAUUAACUGAGUUGAAGAAGUAGUUACAAGAGCUUUUUGAUAAAGGGCUUAUCAAACUUAAUACUUGCCCUUGGGGUGCUUUGGUUCUUUUUGUAAAGAAGAAAGAUGGCUCACUUAA